UUACACAGCAGACAAAUUUUCGAUCUGAUAAGCACCGUAUAGUACGUAUAUUUGUUGUGUACAUGUAAGAAAUGCUUUUGGUUCAAUAUUUAAUUGGAUUUAGUUUGGUGAUAGUUAAAUCACAAGAUCAGAGGGGUUCUACUGUUUGUGACAUCAACCAUCGACACACAUCAUGCCCUCACCUAUACUGCUGUGCUCGUGACGACUUCUUAUUAGAAGAUAUACUAUGUAAGCCUUAUGGGAGACUAAAUGAUAGGUGUACCACAGUUCAUUCAGAAGAGGAUUGUCCAUGUUUAAAAGGUCUCUACUGUAAAACUGACCUUACUAGUGAUACCUUCACGUCAGUUUACGGCCAUUGUCACAAUGAUACAAUUGAUAGAGCUCCAACAACAUUAAGACCAACAACAACAAUUCGGGUGCACUCGAACAAUCAUCCACCUCAAAUACACCUAAGAAAUCAUAGUAUAUAUGUUUCUAGAGAUACAAACGUGGGAACAAAUAUCACUGGAUUUACAGCCACAGACCGAGACGGAGGGGACAGGGGUAAUAUUCAUUGUUCAAUUCUUCAGAUACCAUAUUUUGGUAUAACAAAGUUUACGCCCCAUAGUUUUGAAAUAAUUGUCAAAUCCUCUUUGCGAACUUUAACGCCGCAAACUUUCCAAGUAUUUAUAGACUGUGAGGAUGAUGGCUUUCCACAAUUGAACAAUAUUGCAAAACUUGAUGUUCACAUUCUCAUUGAAUUAUCCCCUCUAUAUACAACUAUACCGGUAUCGACUGGAGCUCCAGAAAGCACCAAUACAUCGUCCAGUAUAACAAAUAUGAAUACCGUAUCAACAAGUACUACUGUGACAUUUACUAAAUCAGUUUCGUCAUCUUUGACGGGGAUAACUCCACAAACGCCUCUUAAAACAAAUCGGAGAGGCUUACGUGUAUUUAAGGCUUACAAAAACAGAAAAUAAUCAGAAAAAAAUGUAUUUAUCUGUAGAAUUUCAAACAUCAUGUGGACACAUAGAACUCCAUGGAAGAAUACCGUAAAUUAUGCAAUAACCAAUGUUAUAUUCCUUAUGUCAGUUGUAUUAAACAAAUCUUCUGUU